AUGAAGACUACAACUUUAUCCCUCGCGGGGUUGUCCCUUCUCCAAUUGACUUUGGCUCAACCUUUUAAUCGUCACAAUGCUCACCGAGCCAUCCACAAUAAGAGAGAUCUGGUUACAGUCGUGGAUACCGUUGUUGUUGCGGCUACAGAGGUUCAGGAAGUCAUCAUCUAUGUUGACUCUGAGGGUAACCCUCUUUCAACCACCACCAAAUACCUUGACAAUGAACCUACAACCACCUACGAAUCCAGUUCAGUUGUCCCUACCUCGAGUUCCUCCGCCACAACCACUACGCCUAUCGUUGAUGUUGCCGUUCAACCAUCCACCCAGAUUGAUGUUGCUGCCGCAAGCACAACACCCGAAGCCCCAAGUGUACAGGUCUCGGUCGCAGUCUCCCUCUCCGUUGCUGUACCUGUCCCUUCCACCGGUCCUGCUUCCCCGGUUGUCGUAACCUCUACUAGUGUUGUUUCCCCUGUUGCCGCAACUUCUACUAGUGUUGCUGCCCCAGUUGUCAGCUCUUCUAGCAGUGCCGUAGUUGCCCCAGUUGCCUCGAGCUCCUCUACCACUUCUUCCGCUGCAGUUGCAUCCACCUCAGCUGUUGUCGCAUCAUCUGGAGGAUUCGGAUUUGCCUACUCACCUUAUAUGGCCAACAGUGCCUGCAAGACUCAAGACCAAGUGAACCAGGACUUUGCCGCUAUUCCAUCUUCAUAUUCUACCGUCCGUAUUUACGGAACUGAUUGCAAUCAAGUCACCACUACCUUGGUCGCCGCCAAGAAGUUUGGAUUUAAAAUCUUUGCUGGUGUGUACGAUUUCACCGAGGUCGCAACUGAAACCCAAGCAAUCGUCGAUGCUGUUGGUGGUGACUGGAGCGUCAUUACCACUAUUUCUAUUGGAAAUGAGUGGGUCAACAACGGUGUCACUGAUGCAGCUGGUGUUGCCAGCGCCGUCGCUACCGCCAGAGGUAUUCUUUCAGCCGCUGGCUAUACCGGAAAGAUUGUAGCCGUGGAUACCUUGGCUGCCACUAAGCUUUACCCAAGCCUGUGCGACAACGUUGAUUAUUGCGCCGUCAACUGCCAUCCUUUCUUCGACACCAACACCGCAGCCGAGGCUGCUGCUACCUUCCUUAGCACCCAAAUCUCCGAGUUACGAGCCCUUUUGAGCAACCCUGACAUGGAGAUUGUCAUCUCUGAGACCGGAUGGCCAUCCGCUGGAACAUCUCACGAUCAGGCGGUCGCUUCUCCCGAGGCCCAGACCACUGCCAUUGCUGCUAUCAAGGGUCUCUUCGCUUCCAACUCAUCCAAUGUUUACCUUUUCAGCACAUUCAAUGAUUACUGGAAGGUUAACACCCCCGCUCUUUACAUGGCCGAACAAGCAUGGGGUUACCUUGGAAAUGCUCCUUCGGAUGUAUCAGCUGGCUUGAUCUAA